GGGUGAUACUAGAUUUGUUACGAUGCGUUACAACGGCUGGCAAAAUAGCGAAGGCUCCUAAGUUUUUCAGGUUCGCAACGAAACAAAACCGCUGGACAAAAGAUAUCCAGCAAUUUUCGCAGCCGUCGAAUUAUACCAAACAAAUAUGGCGGAGCCAGCGUGGUUUGUGAAUCACAUUUUAGGUAAAAAUCAGAUCAAGGAUCAUUGGGUCAAACUCAUCCGGCCUUGCAACUUUGACCUUCUUCUCUACAUAUAUGAAUUUGAUUCACCUUGUGGAGUAACAGUUCGUCAAUCACACAUCGGAAGGUUUUAUUUGUGAAGUUAGUGAUUCACAGCAUUAUGUCAACGCACUGUUUACAAAAUCUUCUAUUGAUGAUUUUGUAAGCCGGAGAAAUUUGACAAUGAAGAACUUAUUACAUGCAUCUGUUUUGUGCAAAUUAUUUGAAUUCAAGAAUCCCAAGUUCGUCAAUCACACAUCGGAAGGUUUUAUUUGUGAAGUUAGUGAUUCACAGCAUUUUAUCAAUGCACUAUUUACAAAAUCUUCUAUUGAUGAUUUUGAAAGCCGAAGCAAUUUGACAAUGAAGAACUUACAACGUGCAUCUGUUUUGUGUAAAUCAUUUGAAUUCAAGAAUCCCAAGCCUUGUGACUUUUACCUUCUUCUCUACAUAUACGAAUUUGAUUCACCUGGUGGAGUAACAGGUAGUUGCAAUGCUGACAACAUGCACCAUUUGCUUACGAACGAAGGUGUGUUUGCAUGGAGUAGGAGAAACUGUCAAAAUAUUGCUCGUGAAAAGUUCAUGAAAACAUCUGCGGAGUGUUUAUGGGAUGUGGAUAUAGUUCCUUCAACAGAUCAAGAAAUGCAAUUAAAAUCACUGCAAGGUUGGGCAAAACCAAGCACCGAAAAUUUGGACGAUAGCUGGCAAGCCACCCCUAGUUACUGGAUGUUGGAGAGUCAACAACAAUGUACAGAGGAGAGUCAACAGUUAUCUCCACCUCGAAAGAAGGUCGCACGUUCACCUGACGCAUGGAAGCGAGAGGCCUGGAUGCAAGCAUCGCAGUUGCCAUCAUCCCAAGUAAACAAAACAAAAACAUUGCAUCAUGGGAAAUCUUCUAUCAGUAGUGUCGACAAUAAGAAUCCGGAGAGUGUUUUAGCAGAUUUAAGUGAUGGGGGAUCGUCAUGUAUUGAAACGAAACAUGCUAAAAAAUCAAUACAUAGUGUCGUUGAAUCGAUGAAGAAAAAUUAUAGUACAGAACCAGUUAUCAAAUUAAGUUCUUGUAAUAAAGAGAACAUUAAUACAUCUUUGAGAGCUAAGGUUUUGUCUUGCAAAGCUAAGCAGAAUUUUAUUGACCAUUCAUACGCCAAUCAGAUUGAUUUAUCAAGCUGUACUGCAACUACUGACUCGUUACAAAAAGAAAACACCACAGUGGCCAGUGUCCUCUCACAGGUAAAAAUAGUUACUGAAACAAAAGUAGUGUCCAGUCCCUCAUCACUGGUAGAAACUUUAAAUAGUAUACAAAUUGAUAAAAAAGCUACUGGCGAGUCUUCGAGUGAGUUAACUCACAUUAAAAAUACCUCAUGUGAACAAUUUACAAGCAAAUAUUUUAACAGCGACUCAAUUAUUCAAACUUUGCAGCAACAGGAGAAUAUUCAAUCAUGUGACGUCAUACGUAAUGACGUCAUAACGAACGAUGACGAUAUUGAUAAAGGUUGUCGUCACAAUUCUGUCAAAUGUUGUUUCUGGUGUUUUAUUGAACAUAAUACCGCCCUACCAGAGGCGCUUUGGCCAAGUAAUAACCCGGGCGUUGUUUGCACAUGUGAGAAAUAAUGUUAGUUACACCUACGAAAAAACACGUUGUUUAGAUUACUUUGUUAUUCUUUCUUUCUUUUUUUGAAAUUUCAAUUCAAAAUAGCUUUUGAUAUUCCUUAUAACAAGUACACAACACAACACAACAAGUAAUGCGGCAUUUACAACCUUAAAGGAAAUUAAUUUUCGCAAGAUAUUUUUUAAAACAAAAAAUAAUUUUCGUGAGAACUAAUUUUAACCAAGUUAACAAGUCCUAAUAUUUUGCAAAGUUUGGAAUGGCUAAAACAUGUAAAUUCAUUUGGAGCAGAGCUUUUAAUGACGUGUUAGUUCUACAUUAUACAUAUCUAUAGUGUAUAGUCCUGGCGAAUAGUAAAUCGAAGGGAAAAAAAUUAGUAUAGAUAGUAUUUUUUUAAAAAGAAAGAAACUGAAAUUCUGGGGAAAUUAAUUUUCGUAUAAAUUGAUAAAAACUCCUUAAAAUCGCGAAAAUUAAUUUACCUAAUGACGUAUUGUGAUCUCCUGUUGCAUAUGAUUUGUAUACCAUGGUAGAUAAAGAAUGGGUGGUAUAAAACUCAUGAGUGGUAUAUAGUUUUUAUUAUGCGCAUAAAUUUUGUAUACAAAUACGUAACGUCGUAGACGAACUGCAAAUUUAACGCCCUGAGGAUUAUCGCAAAACCGCCUCAAAUAGAUGAGAAAAAAGUGGGUGGCAAAAAAGUUUUUUUAAGUGAGUUGGUAGCAUCGUAUAGCACUGGUAGCUAAAUGUCUGUCAUUACACUUAGUUUGGGACGUUUGUGUAUGGGAUGCUAGGCAGAUCUAAGAUUUAUUUGUUUCAUAAAAAUUAGUAGAACUGAUUAUUUUUGUUGGUUGCGUAAAAGUAGCAGGCCAAACAAAUGUAAAUUAGCGUAUAUGUCUACUUUAUCAGUCCAAAACUUUGUUGUUGAAAUUUUAAAGCGGUGAUGAGAAUCCGGGUGGGAAAUUUAAAACUAACAAAAACAUUUCAUUUUCAAGAUUUUGUGACGAUAAUAAGACGCAACGAGCAGAUGGUAAAAUAUAAACACGAAUUUAGGUGACCAUGUAACGGGAAUUAGUCCAACAAAUUUUGAACCGAUACUAAUUUAUGACUGUCACAAAACAACAAGCAAGAUUAAAUAACACUAAUUUUUGUUUGUUAUAUUAGUUAUUUUUGUUUGUUAGUUUUUCCUAUUUAUUUUUGUUUUUAUUUUGCAAUAAAUCAAUUUCCACAUGCA